CGCCACCACUGUAACUUGUGCUACGCUACAACCUUGUACUUAAUCGCUGCAUUCGACUCUUUCAAGAGCUACUGCUCUGUAAGCAAGCAACCAGAGCAUGGCAGCACUGGAGGAUGGUGUUGGUGCAGCGUCAGGCUCCCACUUCCCGAGUGACGGCCCAAGCCCAUCCUUCAAAGAGAAAGCCAGGGAAUAUGUCGAUCUACAUGACCAAGUGGAAUCGAGUGUGACACUCUUGGAUUCAAUUGAGACCUUCCUCUCAACCUUCCAGAAAGAUCUCUCGGCUGUAUCUGGCCAGAUUUCUGAUCUUCAAGGACGCAGCCAGGACAUCGAGCGGAGACUCAAGAGUCGUAAGAAAAUAGAGAAACCAUUGUCGAACCUCAUUGAUGAUCUCGUCAUCCCGCCUUCCCUUGCCCUACUUAUCCUGGAUUCGGAGGUUGGGGACUCAUGGAUACCCGCCGUGGAGCAAUUGGAACGUUUAUUAGGCACAUACAAAGCUCGCAUGCGUGUCAAGGCAGCACGGGAUCUAGCUGAAGUGGCUGAAGGGCUUCGUAUCGUUGUUGCCACAAAAGCCCGAGCGUUCUUCCUAGCUCUCAUCCGACCUAUACGCAAUAGCAUGAGUACCAAUGUUCAAGUUAUUCAGACCUCUGUGCUCUUAAAGUACAAGCCUCUGUUCGCUUUCCUGCAACGACAUGCCAGCGAUGUCGCUCAGGAAAUACAACGAACAUAUGUAAGCGCGGCACGCACGUACUACGAAACAGGGUUUCGUCGUUACAUCCGCAGUCUCGGAUGGAUUAAGGCCAGAGAUGUGGAGAAAUCAGAGCCUCUAACUGCGGGCGGCGAAGUCGACACCCCAGAGGCCCUGUCGGCUCGCCUUGCGUUUGCGCGUAUUGAUGGACCAGGAGUAACCCUUGCCUAUAUGGCGGAUGACAAGGCACAUAAAGAACCAAUCGAGGCCCUCCUGCGUUCUGUGCUCUUGGUCCUGAUGGAUAACGCGACGGCAGAGUACACAUUUGUGACCACUUUCUUUUCUCAUGAGCAACCGGGUACUCGUGCCAAUCCUAUGCAAUCGCCGACAUCACUUCUAUCGCCCACUGAUGGCGCAUUUGAGGACCGGCUUUCAGCCAUAGGCUCCGACGCCGGCACACCCCGACAGAGAGCAGGAAGCGUAUCCUUUCCUACCACACCACCGAGCCUUGCGAAAGAAGAACAGGCGGCACUGGAUGCUGCCUGGAAACAAACCUUUGAUCCUUCAUUGGAGUACUGUCAGACUUUCGUCAGAUCCUUGCUUGAGCCCAUUCCUCCGGUUAUUCCUCUCCUCACGAUGAUCCGGUUGACUGAGGAUGUUAUGGCGGAAGUGCAGAUACGCGAGUGCCCACCACUGGAGUCAUUUAUUUUCAAGAUCCGGCUUGAGAUGUGGCCGAUUUUCCAGAAGGCAAUGGCUGAGCACGUCGAAUCGUUGAAGAAACUCGCGGAAGGCACUGCUUCCGGAUUCUUCAGUCGAGGCACAGUUACCACUGAUCCUCAGGUCGCAACGAUUUGUCAGCGCUAUGUAACGAUUUUCAACUCCUUCAUCGCGCUCACGCAGCAGCCCGAAGAGACCAUGAUCUUCUCGAACCUGUCUCGCCUGAGACAAGAGAUCGAGAAACUGGUAGUGUCGCAUUCCGAGAAAAUUGGCGACCCCAAGAGACAAGCGACUACCCAGUCCAGAUUGUAUGAGCUCGUGCUACAAGGCCUUAACCGAAGGUCUACGUCCGUCGCUCACCCGAAAGUCCAAGCAGAGAUUGAGCAUUGGCGUAAAAGAGAAGAAGACGCACGGAAGAAGAUAUUGACCAAGAAUCGAUGAAGAGUACUAGUAUUGUCCUAACUCAGCCACUCGCUGUCGCGGACAAUAAAGGUAUAUUAUGCAGUGAGAUCACGAUGCUAUGCGCAAUCUACGUCUUAUAUGGAGGAAUCAGCGUACUCGACCUGUCAGAUUUUGGAUUAGCUUCCUUGCGUUUAUGCUGACAUACGAGCAUACCUAUUGUCUGUUUUCGGUAGGGGCGACAAGGAUG